AUGACAACAGGACCAAUGUCUCAACCACCUAGAAGGACAACAGGACCAAUGUCUCGACCACCUAGAAGGACAACAGGGCCAAUGUCCCAACCCCCUACAAGGACAACAGGACUAAUGUCUCAACCUCCUAGAAGGACAACAGGGCCAAUGUCUCGACCUCCUAGAAGGACAACAGGACCAAUGUCUCGACCUCCUAGAAUGACAACAGGACCAAUGUCUCAACCACCUAGAAGGACAACAGGACCAAUGUCCCAACCUCCUACAAGGACAACAGGACCAAUGUCUCGACCUCCUAGAAGGACAACAGGACCAAUGUCUCGACCUCCUAGGACAACAGGACCAAUGUCCCAACCCCCUACAAGGACAACAGGACCAAUGGCUCAACCUUCUAGAAGGACAACAGGACCAAUGUCCCAACCUCCUAGAAGGACAACAGGACCAAUGUCUCAACCUCCUAGGACAACAGGACCAAUGUCUCAACCUCCUAGAAGGACAACAGGACCAAUGUCUCAACCACCUAGAAGGACAACAGGACCAAUGUCCCAACCUCCUACAAGGACAACAGGACCAAUGUCUCGACCUCCUAGAAGGACAACAGGACCAAUGUCUCGACCUCCUAGGACAACAGGACCAAUGUCCCAACCCCCUACAAGGACAACAGGACCAAUGGCUCAACCUCCUAGAAGGACAACAGGACCAAUGUCCCAACCUCCUAGAAGGACAACAGGACCAAUGUCUCAACCUCCUAGGACAACAGGACCAAUGUCUCAACCUCCUAGAAGGACAACAGGACCAAUGUCUCAACCACCUAGAAGGACAACAGGACCAAUGUCCCAACCUCCUAGAAGGACAACAGGACUAAUGUCUCAACCUCCUAGAAUGACAACAGGACCAAUGACAUCCUAG